AUGGCAAACACGCAAGCAACACAUUCCCGUUUUUCCGCCUCGUGGCACGCGAUCACCCCCUCGGGCGCCUCUGUUAUACAAAGCACGUUCGCCCAUCUGUCUCGGGCUAAAGCAGAGCAUGAUCCGGGCGCGGCGUCGGGGGUACGGGUAAACUCUUUCGCCCCUGGACUCGUGGAAACGCCCAUCUUCGGCGGCAUGCCCCUCGACACUCUGGUCGCCUUUGCUGGAGCAACGCAGCUCGUCCCGAGGCGCUGCGCGUCCGAGCAGACACAGAUUGCCAAGGUGGUGCUAUUCUUGGCCUCGGAAGACGCUACCAUGGUCACCGGCUCCACCUACACGAUGGACGGCGGUUGGGCCAUGAAAGCCUAG